AUGGCGACUCCUGCCAGAGAUCCAAUUACCUGCCACGUCCUCGAUACUACGACCGGCCGUCCAGCACCCGAAAUAUCCAUCAAUCUGAUCUGCACCACAGCCCCAGAUAUUGUAUUCAACUGCACAACAAACGCCGACGGUCGCAUCUUGCUAUGGAACAACACACAAGGCCCCAAUGGGGCAGAAGGGUCAUUCGUCAAAACCCAUAGCGGCGUCACAGCCACUUUGCACUGGCUGAUUGGACAAUAUGCGCAGCAAACAGCGACGUCUGCCUGCCCCGCUGGGUCGAGUGUCUGGAAGUUGCAGUUUGAUACAGGGUCCUACUACGGUGCUGGCAAUACAUUCUUUCCAACGGUGGAGUUGACGUUUUUGGUGAAGGAGGGGGAGCAUUUCCAUGUACCGUUGCUGCUGGGUCCGUAUAGCUUCACGACGUAUAGGGGAAGCUAG